AAGCAAUUUGUUGUUGUCAAAAACCCUAACUGGACCGACAAAAGGGUUUAUCCUAACCGGACCGAACCCCUUCUUUCCCACUUCGAAUCUCUCUCUUCCAUUCUCUUCACUCUCUUUCAGAUUCCUCCUCUCUUCUCUCUUUGCGUUUUCAUUCCUUUUUAUUUCUGAAUAUUUAGCUUACAACUAUGGAGGAGUUAUCUUCUCUCAUUACGGUGGAGAAGACCAUGCGCACCGCCUCUGUUGUGGAGGCCAUGGUGGUGGACACAAUUCUUGUCGCCGCCAAAUCUCUCCUUUGCCUUCUCAUUCUGACCGCCGGAUCUCUGCUGACUGACAUCACCCCAGAAUUGACCCCAAUAGAUGGAAGGUUUCCUUUUGCUGAUCUCUACAAGGGAAGACAUACCUACCUUGUGAACAAGGAUGCCAGCGAGUCAGAUGACGACGAGGAGGAAGAAGAUGAUGACGACGCAAAUGAUCAAGAUGAUGAGGAAGGAGAUGAAGAUUUCUCAGGUGAAAGUGAUGAAGAGGCUGAGCCCGAGGAUGAUCCCGAGGCCAAUGGUGCAGGUGGAAAAGAUGGCGAAGAUGGUGAUGAAUAUAAUGAAGAAGAUGAAGAUGAAGAUGAGGAUGAGGAAGAGGAUGAAGAUGAAGACGAAGAUGAAGAUGAAGAAGAGGAAGAAGAGGUUCCACAGCCACCUGCUAAGAAGAGGAAGUAAAAGUGUAGUAGAUGGUACAGUGUUUUCUUUUUCUGCCAUAUAAGCCCUAGCUAAUCUUAGUUCUCCGAACUAAAGUUUCUUUCAACUUUCCAGUGGAGCCUUCUCCACAUAUAAAAGUUCAAUUUAUGUGUAUUGUCUGUUAUUUGAGUUAA